AUGACGGCACUGAAGAAGUCUUUAGAGUCGAUACUCCCGGACAAACUACUUGGCGCUGCUGCAGGAGGCGUCAUGGUGAGGGAGCAAAUAUCACCCCACGAAACCACCAAAGCGCAAGCGAGCCUGGGCCGGGUCUGCGGUGGUAGCGUAAGAGGUAGGGUUGCCACGCUGCCAAGCCUCCAGCAGAUCUAA